AUGAGUAAACAUCCAAUAUAGAAUUAUCAAAUUUUAAAGGUUAUAGGCAAAGUAAUUGAAUUUAUAUUUAUAUUAAAGGGAGCAUUUGCUAUUGUCUAUUAAGCAUAGCAUAUAAAAACUAAAGAAAUUGUUGCUAUCAAAUAAAUUAAUAUUGAUAUGGAGGAAGGUCUUCAUAAAUAAAAAAUGCUUGAAUUGUUCCAUACAGAAAUAUCAAUAAUGAAAUCAAUAAGACAUAAAAAUAUAGUAGAAUUGAAAGAAGUCUAACAAAGCUAGGAUUCAAUCAAUAUGAUAUUAGAAUACUGUGCUUAAGGAGACUUAGAAAAGUAUAUAAAAAAGAAUUCUCUCAAAAACAGAUUACCUGAAUCUGAAGCAAAACCAAUUAUACUUCAAUUAAUAGAUGCCAUGAAAAUGUUACGUUUAAAAAAUAUCGUUCAUCGUGAUCUCAAAUUAGCAAAUAUACUAAUAAAUGAAUAAAUGUAAAUUAAACUGGGUGAUUUUGGAUUUGCUAAAUCAUUAAUAAAUACAGAUUUAUUGGAAUCUUAUUGUGGCACACCUAUCACAAUGGCUCCAGAAAUAUUAAAGUAUUUAAAUUCUAUUAAAGAUUAAUAGAAAAUCUAAUUCUUAUGAUCACAAAUGUGAUAUAUGGUCAUUAGGAGUAAUGAUAUAUCAAAUUCUAUUUGGUUAACCUCCAUUUGUACCAUAAAAAGGAACAGUAUAAGACUUACUUAUAGCAAUUUAAACUAGUAAAGUAUUAAAAUAUAUUUAAUAAAUUUAAGCUUUAAUUUCCAUAACACAUAUCAGUUUCUGCAGAAUGCAAAGAUGUUUUAAGAAAAAUGUUAGUUGAAGAUCCAAAACUUAGAAUUAGUUUUGAAGAUUUAUUUAGACAUCCAUGGUGUUAUUUAGAAAAGAUUGAUCUUGAAAAAUCUUUUUUAAAAGUUAAUGUUUCAUAACAUUAAGAUUUUAUUGGAAAUUUCUAAUAUUCUAUCAAUUAAUACAAAUAAUAAUUAAAUUAGAUUGUUUAAAUUAUUUCAUCAAUUGAAAAUAAAUAUAAAGAUCUAACUUAAUUUUGUGUAAGAUUUAAGAAUAUUUUAAAUGGAGCAUUUAAUAGUUUUUAUUUAAAAAUCUAUUAUUCAAAUUAAAAUGUCUAAAUAAAACUUCCAGAAAAUUAUAAAUAUUUUAAUUAUAGAUAAGAAUUACUAUUAUUUUUAAUUAACAUUUAUGAAGUAGCAUUAUAGAAUGAUAUCAAUAUUUAUGAAUUUCUAAAUUUGAACAUAUUUGAAUAUUAAAUUAGUAAUUAAUUAGAAGUUCGUUAUGAUGAUUAUUCAGUUAGUCUUUUAGAUGAAUUUAAGAAUUAUAAAUAGAAUAAUGAUAAAAAUGUUUAAAUGUUAUAAUUCUAAGAUGAUAAUUAAAAUAAAAAUAAAGUUGUAAAUUCUGAUUUGUGGAUUCUAAAAGAAUAUAUUAAAGAAAGAUAUAAAUAAUGA